AUGAUUGAAUUUUCAAAUUUUCAGGACAAGAAGCACUGCUGCUUCAACCUGCAAUCGUCCCUUUACAAACGCUACAUCAAGUACUUUUUGGAGAACGAAAACGGUAGGGUUACUGUAGAUUAUUCUUAUAAAGCUAUUUUUGAUAACAGAUUCCAUGGACGUCUCGGACAUCCGGACGAACUGGCACAUUGAGAAUUCCUGGAUCAAGAAAACGACUCAGGAUGGAGAUAAUAAGUAAGGAAUCGUUCCAAAAAUGCUUCUCAAUGGGUUGAUUAAAUUAAAAAUCACAAAAAGGGCUUCUCAUUUUGGAAUAUGAGCCCAAAAAGUUGAAGAAAAAGCAAAAAAUCCGCAAAAAGAACAUACUGGAAAACUUUUUAGUGGCCACUAUAGGGAUUUGACGUUUUAGUGGCCACUAUAGUCAAAUUAGUCAAAUUAGUGACCACUUAAGGGGUUAAAAAUAAGUGGCCACUAUAGAGGUCGAAGUGCUACUACUAGACCACUAAAAAUUUUAGUGGCCACUUUAGGGAUCAAUGGAUAAACAUAACUGGUCCAAUCUGUAUGUAUGAAAUUAUCAGUGUUACUGGAAGGGAUACUGGAUGAAAAACUACUGAAGUGGCCACUAUAGAGGUGGGUUUAGUGGCCACUUUAGUGUCCUCUCCAAGUAGUCCUUGGCGAGCCUCUAUAGUGGCCACUAAAAAUUUUCCCAAUAAGCUCUUUUUGUCAAGUUUCUCAUUAGAAGACUCAUCCCAACUAACUUUCCCUUUUAAUUUAUCAAAAAAACCUAAUUUUCCACUAAAAAAUGGCAUCAAAUCCAAUUUUCCAGGGCCGAGAAGCUGGAAGUUUGCCUGACGGUUAUGCGAAAAUCGACGACUUUGGCCGUUGAGCUGACCCUUCCUGUUCUGAUUUCAGCCCUAAUUCUCCUGAUUGCUCCAUUCUUCGGCAAAUUCAAGCAACAGGUUGGACUUCUUUACUGAAAUUUCGAAAAAAUGGCUUUUUUUGGAGAGUCAAAGGAGCUUUUCUCAUGGGGGAAGUGUGAAAGCCAAUCCGAAAAAUCUACAGAGUUCACCAAAAACCAGAUAAUGAGCCGCGUUUUCAAAAAAAUUAACACUUCCUUCCAAGUUCCUAGGAAAGUUUAUUAGUGGCCACUUCAGGGAUUUGACGUUUAAGAGGCCACUAUAGUAGUCAAAUCAGUGGCCACUCAAGUGUUUAAAGUUUAGUGGGCUCUUAAGGGGUCUAAGUGGUACUAUGAGUCCCCUGAAAACUACUAUAGUGGCCACUAAAACGCAAAAUAGUGGCUUAUAUAGAGAUGAUUUUAGUGGCCACUUUGGUUGAAAUCUAGGGACCUCUUUAGAGGUCUUAGUGGUACUAUGAGUCCACCACUGAAAACUACUAUAGUGGCCACUAAGAAGAAAAUAGUGGCUUCUACAGAGAUGCUUUUAGUGGCCACUUAAGUGGUUGAAAUCUAGGGACCUCUUUAGAGGUCUUAGUGGUACUAUGAGUCCCCUGAAAACUACUAUAGUGGCCACUAAGACGCAAAAUAGUGGCUUAUAUAGAGGUGGUUUUAGUGGGCACUUGAGUGGUUGAAAUCUAGGGACCUCUUUAGAGGUCUUAGUGGUACUAUGAGUCCACCACUGAAAACUACUAUAGUGGCCACUAAGAAGAAAAUAGUGGCUUCUACAGAGAUGGUUUUAGUGGUCACUUAAGUGGUUGAAAUCUAGUGGCCUCUUUAGAGGUCUAAGUGGUAUUAAAAGUCCCCUGAAGACUACUAUAGUGGCCACUAAGACGCAAAAUAGUGGCUUCUAUGGAGGUGGUUUUAGUGGCCACUUUAGUGCCCUGUCCAAAUAGUCUUUCAGGAACUUCUUAAGUGGCCACUAGAGUUUUUUUCCCAGCUUUUUUUAAAGAAAGAAGAUAAAAAUAUAAGAAUUUCGCUGUUUCCUUUAAUGAAGAUGUUAUCAUACAUUUUUUUCCAGAACUUAAAAAUUACCAGAAAAUUCCAGAUCCAAGUCAAGAUGUUCGCCCUUUUGCUGCAGUUCAUGAGCUUCCAAUUCAUGGCCGAGAAGACCCCUCAACUCGGCUUCGGCGAUACGAUUCCUAAAAUUUGUUAGUUAUUUUUUCAACUUCACGAAAAAAAAAAUUUGAUUUCAGAUAUUUUCUACGCUUUCACUAUUGGAAUGACGGUGAUCAGCUUGAUCGCAACAGUCAUUAUCGCUGCCAUGAGCCGAAUUAAGAGGAAGGUUCCUCCAGGUGGGAUUUUUAUGAAGUGAGAAUGUUAAGAUAGGGAAAGAGAGCUCGAUCCAACCAUUUUUAUUUUAAAACUUGCAAUUUAACCAUUUUUUUCUACUUUUUCUAUAAUGCUGGAAAGUCGAUAAAGACAGGAUUUUAUCAAUUUUACACUUUUUGAAAAAAAUAAAAAAAUUUUUAUAAAGCUAGAAGGUCCUUUGAGGCAAUAGUUUAUCAAUUUCUGGCUCGAAAAAAAUUCUCUAACAUUUUUUUAUAAUGCUAGAAAGUAGUUGAAGGCUGAAUUUUAUCAAUUUCUAGCCUAAAAAAACGAAAUCAAUUUCGUCCUUUUUUUAAAAAUAAUCAAAAACGUUUUUAUAUAACGCUAGAAGGUCCUUUGAAGCUGAAGUUUAUCAAUUUCUGGCUUGAAAAAAAUUCUCUAACAUUUUUUUUAUAAUGCUAGAAAUUAGUUGAAGGCUGAAUUUUAUCAAUUUCUGGCUUGAAAAAAUCUUCUCGAAUUUUUCUAUAAGGCUAGAAGGCCUUAUAAAGAAACAGUUCAUAAUUUCUGUCUUGAAAAAAAAAUCUCUAACAAUUUUUAUAACGCUAGGAGGCCUUAUAAGGCAAUAGUUUAUCAAUUUUUGGCUUGAAAAAAAUCCCUCGAACUUUUCUAUAACGCUAGAAGGUCUUAGUCGUUAAAGGCAGUAGUUUAUCAAUUACAGACUUGAAAAAAUCUCUCGAGCUUCUCCAUAACGCUGGAAGGUCUUAUAAGGCAACAGUUCUUAAAUUUUCGGCCUUGGAAAAAAUUUCUAACAUUUUUCUAUAACGCUAGUAGGCCUUUCCAUGCAAUAUUCCAUCAAAUUAAGGCUCGAAAAUUUUUUUUCGCAUUUUUCUACAAUGCUAGGAAGUCGCUAAAGGCAGUAGCUUAUCAAUUGCAAGCCUGAAAAAAUCUUUAACACUUUUUCAUAACGCUAGAAAGUCGUGGAAAGCUGAAGUUUAUCAAUUUCUAGCUUGAAAAAAUUCUCUAACAUUUUUCAUAACGCUAGAAGGUCGUUAAAGGGAGUAGCUUAUCAAUUGCAAGCCUGAAAAAAUCUUUAACACUUUUUCAUAACGCUAGAAAGUCGUGGAAAGCUGAAGUUUAUCAAUUUCUAGCUUGAAAAAAUUCUCUAACAUUUUUCAUAACGCUAGAAGGUCGUUAAAGGGAGUAGCUUAUCAAUUGCAAGCCUGAAAAAAUCUUUAACACUUUUUCAUAACGCUAGAAAGUCGUGGAAAGCUGAAGUUUAUCAAUUUCUAGCUUGAAAAAAUUCUCUAACAUUUUUCAUAACGCUAGAAGGUCGUUAAAGGGAGUAGUUUUUCAAUUUCAUGAAUUUUUUUCUCAUUUUUCUAUAAAGCUAAAAAGGUCUUUCAAAGCCAGAUUCUUCAUUUUUGACUCAUUCGGAAGAUUUUCUUGAUUUGGAAAAACGAAAAAAAAAAAAUGAUUUUUCAGCCCAUCGUUACACCCUCCUGGCCUCGGUUCUUAAUGCAAACUUGUGCUGUGGAUCUGAAGACGAGCCGGUUACUGAUGGAACUUCGACGAAGGUUUGUAUAGCCGAUUCAUGGCUAGCUUGGGACGCUAAGGGGCGUGGCCUGUCUCCACAAACCAGAAACUGUCUCUUUUCUUAUCGUGCCAGGACCCAUUUUUAGAUAGCUCAAGUCAGCCGUAAAUCAGCUACAGUGUUCACUUCAUUUUCAACUCAAAAUUCAAAAAAUCAAAAAUAUGAAACCUCGAAAAGUUCGUGAUCCUUUUUGGAGCUGUGUAAUGCAACUGUUUCACAGCUGAAAACGUCUUUUUUUUUCUUGCCUAAACUCUUUCAAAAUGAUAAUUUACUAUUGAGAGCCCUCUAAUAUAUAGUCAAUGUUUCCCGACUUGAAAGGCGAGGGAGGCGGGGCAGGGGGCGGGACGCGUAGCGUGUGCGUACGCGGUUCUUGGCACGAGUUCAAUUCAACCGCCAGAAAGCAUUCAGAGAGCUCAUUUAUCGCUCUUUUAACUUAUUUUUUAAUUAUUUAUUGAUUAUGUUAAUUUGUGAAUCAAAAAUUAGUAGAAAAUAAAGAGAAAGAGCGGUUGCCGAUCUUUUCAAAUAGUCGGCGGCAAUUGAAUUGAACUGGUGCCAAGGACCGCGUACGCACACGCUACGCGUCCCGCCCCUGCUCCCGCCCACCUCGCCUUUCAAGUCGGGAAACAUUGACUAUAGAAAAGGCUCUGUUUUUUUAAAAAGAAACAAUAAUUUUUUUAUCAAUAAAAUUGGCACAAGAAAAAAAUAUUUUUUUACCAGUUAUCUUUUUAUUUUCUUGAAGGAAAUUUGUCAGUACUCGGUAACCCGGACGUUUCGGGGAGCCAAUUAAUCACUUAAGGGUGCUGACACCGCUAAAGUGGUCACUAGAAAUUUUCAGGAUCGUCCGGGGCAUUACCGAGAUACAGUAGUCAUUCAAAAAUUUUAUCAAAAAUAUUCUAAAUUCAGAACAUAUACAAGUUUUCAAGGAACAUAUUCACUAUGCAAGUUCGCAAAAAAUCUCCAAACGUCCGCAUUUUAAAGAUGUCUCAGAAUAACUCCUAUAGUGGCCACUUAUAUUAGUUUUUCUGUCUUCUAAAACUACAGAAAACCUUUUUUUUUAAAGCUUAUCAAAAAUGAAAUAAAAACCAAACCGUCCGCAUUUUAAAGAUGUCUUAGAACAACCCCUAUAGUGACCACUUAAAUUGGCUUUUCUUUUUUCUGAAUCCACUGAAAACCUGUCUAUAUUGAAAGAGAAGAAAAACCCAUCAAAAAUGAAAUAAAUAUCAAACCGUCCGCAUUUUAAAGACGUCUCAGAACAACCCCUAUAGUGACCACUUAAAUUGGCUUUUCUUUCUUCUGAAUCCACUGAAAACCUGUCUAUAUUGAAAGAGAAGAAAAACCCAUCAAAAAUGAAAUAAAUAUCAAACCGUCCGCAUUUUAAAGACGUCUCAGAACAACCCCUAUAGUGACCACUUAAAUUGGCUUUUCCGUCUUCUGAAUCCACUGAAAACCUGUCUAUAUUGAAAGAGAAGAAAUCCCAUCGAAAAUGAAAUAAAUAUCAAACCGUCCGCAUUUUAAAGACGUCUCAGAACAACCCCUAUAGUGACCACUUAAAUUGGCUUUUCCGUCUUCUGAAUCCACUGAAAACCUGUCUAUAUCGAAAGAGAAGAAAUCCCAUCGAAAAUGAAAUAAAUAUCAAACCGUCCGCAUUUUAAAGACGUCUCAGAACAACCCCUAUAGUGACCACUUAAAUUGGCUUUUCUUUCUUCUGAAUCCACUGAAAACCUGUCUAUAUUGAAAGAGAAGAAAAACCCAUCAAAAACGAAAUAAAAACCAAACCGUCCGCAUUUUAAAGAUGUCUCAGGACGCGACCGCCGAUUGGGUUCAAAUUCACUCGGCCCUGAACAACAUCACCUCGACGGUCACGAUGAUCGUCUACGUCAUCGGGGCGAUCAUCAUCGCCUUCUAA